AUGGACACUGCAGCCAAGCAACUCCAGGCUGAAGUCGGUCGACUUCAGCACGAGCUUCAAACCUUGAAAGCACAACAUCAUAGCGAAGACGAUGAGCUUAUCACCAUCUCUGAGUACAUUUUGAAGAGAUUGGAACAGCUCAACGUGAAGGACUACAUUGAAGACCAUCCUACAAUUGAAUGGAUUGGGACCUGCAACGAGUUGAACGCAGCUUACGCAGCUGAUGGAUACGCCCGUGUCAAAGAACACAGCAUAGGCGUGGUUGUGACAACGUUCGGCGUUGGCGAAUUGAGUGCUAUCAACGGAGUUGCAGGCGCGUUCUCUGAAAUGGUCCCUGUUCUUCAUAUCGUCGGAGUGCCUAGCACUACGCAGUUGAAGAAUAAGCCCAUGCUCCACCACACACUUGGCAAUGGAAAAUUCGAUGUAUACACGAAAGCUGCGGAAAAUGUCACCAUUGCACAGGCUAUACUUAUGAAUAAAACACAAGCUGCAGCCGAAAUUGAUCGAAUCCUCACGGUGUGCAUUACUAAUGUCGAGCUUUCACGAGCCCCUCCUCCUAAUGACCCCGACGUUGAGAGCUAUGUUCUCGACGAGAUCAUGGAGCUCGUGGAUGAUGCUAAACAGGACAUCGUUGUUCUUGUCGAUGCUUGCGCUAUUCGUCACGACUUGCGCCAGGAAGUCAACGACCUUCUCGUGAAAACACGGUUUCCUGUAUACGCAGCACCCAUGGGAAAGACGGCAGUGAGCGAGGAGCAUGAACGAUAUGGCGGUAUUAUAAUCGGUUCGGUCACGGAUCCGUCCAUCAAGGAGAGGGUCGAAAACGCAAACCUUAUCCUCUCGAUUGGCGCGUUGAAGUCAGAUUUUAAUACGGGAAUGUUCACGUACCAUAUUCCUGCGACGCACACAAUCGAGCUUCACUCCGACCACACACUUGUUCGCCACGCAAAAUUCCCGGGUAUAGGAAUGAAGUCGCUCCUCCCGAAGCUCACGGAGAGGCUGAGUAAAUAUCAGGAGGUUGCAUCACGAAUCCCUAUGUUUCCAAAGGAAAGUGACGACAAGAUUUCGCAUGCCUAUUUCUGGCCUCGGGUGGGCAAAUUCUUCCGGAAGCAGGAUAUCAUCGUUGCUGAGACUGGCACUUCAAACUUUGGAGUUUUGGAUGUUCCAAUGCCUGACGAGUCCGUUUUCGUCAGCCAAAUCUUGUAUGGAAGCAUUGGAUGGGCAACCGCCAGCACACUUGGUGCAGCGCUCGCAGCCCGCGACAAACAUCUUGGGCGCACCAUAUUAUUCACUGGUGAUGGUAGCAUGCAACUGACUGUGCAAGAGAUUUCAACCAUGACCCGUCACAAGUUGACGCCAACAAUCUUCGUGCUGAAUAAUAAGGGCUACAACAUCGAGAGGCACUUGCACGGCCUAAAUAGGAAGUACAACGACAUUGCGGACUGGAAAUGGACUUCGCUCCUCACUACUCUCGGUGAUAUGGAGGGCAAGAUGUCAAAGUCGUACACGGUCCGCAGCAAGUCAGAGCUCAACAAGCUUCUCGACGAUGAAGAAUUCGCCAGUGCGGGGAAGAUACAGUUGGUCGAAGUUAUCAUGGACAAGUACGACACACCCCGUGCGUUGCAAGCAGCUGCGGACUUGACUGCGAAGAUCGCGGCGGGGCAAGCACUCUGA